GAGCUGCUCAGGCAAGGCCGGCGGCUGCAGCGCGGACUCCAGGCCAGCCGGCGCGAGGGAGGCGCUGUGGCGGGAGGCCUCGGCGGGCAGGGGGUGUGUGCCGGUGCCCGCCCGCCCGCCGGCUCAUUCUCCCUCUGCCGCUGAGGGCGGGGCGACGGAGCUGCCGAGCGGGUCUCUCCCUUCCUGCCUGCCGGGCGGUCCUGGCUGCGCCAGAGGCCGCCGCUGCCGCCGCUCGGUGGGGUCUGGACGGGGGAGGCCGGCCGGCGCCAUCACCAUGAAGGAAUGCGAGUACCGGCAGAUCCCGCCGGGCACCCCGGCCGCUCCUCCUUCCUCGGAGCCUCCGGCGCCGGCGGCCUCUUCCGUGGCAGCCGCCACCCCGGCGCACGGGCGCCGCCGCAAGUGGGAAGUCUUCCCCGGGCGCAACCGCUUCUACUGCGGAGGCCGCCUCAUGCUGGCCCGGCACAGCGGCGUCUUCCUCCUCACGCUCGGCCUCAUCGUGGUCACCAGCGGCCUCUUCUUCGCCUUCGACUGUCCCUUCUUGGCUCGUAACCUGACCUUGGCCAUUCCCAUCAUUGCUGGCAUCCUGUUCCUCUUUGUCAUCAGCUCUUUGCUGCAGACCAGUUUCAGAGAUCCCGGUAUCCUGCCCAGAGCCACCCCCAGUGAAGCUGCAGACCUGGAGAAAUGGAUAGACAACCUGGGCACUUCAACCUACCGCCCACCUGCCCGUACCAUGGAAGUUGUUAUAAAUAAAUACAUGGUGAAGUUGAAGUACUGCUAUACUUGCAAAAUGUUCCGUCCUCCCAGGACCUCCCACUGCAGUGUUUGUGACAACUGUGUAGAACGGUUUGAUCACCACUGUCCCUGGGUGGGCAACUGCGUAGGGAAGCGAAAUUACCGAUACUUCUAUGCCUUCAUCCUCUCCCUCUCCUUCCUGACAGCCUUCAUCUUCGCUUGUGUCAUUACCCAUCUUGCCCUGCGUUCCCAGGGAAGUGAUUUUCUCACUGUUUUGAAAGCAACACCAGCAAGUGUGUUGGAAUUGGUGGUCUGUUUCUUCUCAGUAUGGUCUAUUUUUGGCCUCUCAGGGUUUCACACUUACUUAGUUGCCUCCAACUUGACAACCAAUGAAGAUCUCAAAGGAGCAUGGUCAAGUAAAAGAGGUUCUGAAUUUGCCAACCCCUACAGCCAUAAAAGUAUCUUCACCAACUGCUGUGCAGUGCUCUGUGGACCAUUCUAUCCCAGCCUAAUAGACAGAAGAGGAUUUAUCCAGGCGGAUGCUGGGACCCCAUCCACUCCUAAGAGUGAAAUUCCUUCCUUUGGAACGAAAUCCGAUGCCAGUAUGGUAUGAGCCAACCCUUAAGCAGUCCUAUGCCUAUGCCUACCUCCAGCCGGUGCCUCUCCUCCAUUUUACCAUUUCCUGGGCCCAGGAAGGACAGCCUUGUAGGGCGGAGCCUCCAAAGUUCCUACUCAAAGCACAUCCCAUCGCCUUGUGCAUUGAUUUUUAUUUGGUUUCAUUUUUAUACAGUGGAACUUAAAUUGAACACUGUGGACUGCUGCAGUUAAGCCUAGACAGGGCCGUCUUUUCACAGUGGGGAAAAAAAGAGUACUGGAGCCACUUAGAGCAGAGAGUGCCUCUGGUUGGGAAAUGCCAGCUUCUUGAAAGCCAUCCACUCUCAGAGGGUCUUCUGCAGGGGUUGGUUGAAAAGGAUGUAGUAGCUUGCAUGGAGUUAGUACAAUGAAGCAGGGGGAACCAAGGUAUCAUCCCUGAAGCUACACUCCGGGUUAUUUUUGAACUUGCUUCUCGGUUAAGGUGGACCGCUACGCAUGAGGGAUCCCACCACAAAAGAUAAUUGGUGCUGGCCUAAGUUGUAAGGCAGAGAGCUGAACCAUUUGAGGACACAGCACGCCAUGCCCUAGCAGCAAGUGGUGCUUGGUGAUCUGCUUUGCCUGGCUCCCACCGAUGGGAAUGAAGGAGAUGUAAACUGUUGAAGAUCCCUAGGAAAGAUCCUGAGUAGAUCUAUUUGAUCAGCAAUGAUUUCUCACUUUGGGAACUGACCGGGAGUUGUCCUUGUUCGUUUCAAUUGCAUGAUUGCUAUGACAAGAGGAUAAACACAGCCCAGUGAGGUUCUGUGUUUAAUGGUUAGGAAAAAAUGAAGUAAGCCAAUCUGAGAUUCUUAAGUGAUGUGAAUAGAGAUGAGACAUAAUUCAUUGGUGUGCAUAUGGGUGAGAGAGCUAUGGUGGGGGUAGGGUAGGGAAAUCCGUACACAGGAGACCUGUUGACCAAAGGCUAUUUUCAAAGAGGAAUUUGGAGGGAUAUCUUCCUGCAUACACUGUCCAAAAAUAAGCUUGUUUCCUGUAGGAAGUUGAGGCCAUUCACUUCAAUUCUUAACCAGUCACAUAAAGACCAAUAUAACAUGUUUCUUCUUACUGGAGAUCCUCUUACAGUGCCUCCCAUCUUGUUCUGCUGAGUCCUCAUGCAUAUAGGAAGGUUAAAAUAUGUUAGAUACUUGAAAUGUGUUUAUUAAAAGCUGCUGGAUAUUUUUGCACAUAUUUUGUAGGUUUUUCUAAGGGUUUUUUUAAAAGUAACUUUUUACUAUACAUAAACCUGUGUGACAGGUUCUUGGAACCACAUUAGAUAUAUAAUUAUUAUUACAAUGUUGGAAUUUUUGUAUCAAGUAAUUUUCAUACACAAAGAUCUCUAAGUCAUUAUUUCCUAGACUUCACCAGUCCAUAGGAAAAGAUGGGGAGCCCAUAGGACACAUGACGGCUAGCUAGAUUCUCCUUUCUUAUCCCUAUAGACCUGCAGAAACUAAGGUUUGUGGAAAACAUGGUAGGAUCUCUGGUCUCAAAGGGAGAAAUAAAGGGACAUGAGCAUUCCCUGCCUUGCAUCUGCAGAGAAUAAGGAAGGUUCAAACAUUGCAUCUUUUUAAAAAUAAAAAUUGGCAUAAUUGUAGUCACCUUGUAGGAAUUUGUGUUAAUAGUUAGUGACUGAGUUAGCAGUUGGAUAGUGAGUAAGUCAGAUCUUUCCUUCCAACGUCAUUCAUGCUGUUCAGGGCCGUGUUACAUCCAUCAGCACUUUUGAGUGGCACCACCCCAUUCAGCAGAAUGUCCUUGAGAGCGAUCAGUUACAACAAACAAGCACCUGGCAGAUUUCACCCACUAGCCAGUAGAGGAUUCUUGUAAGGGUUUCUCGAGAUGGGCAGCAAAUUACCCAGCCCUGUAGAGAGGUGUGUGUUUUGUGAAGAGGAAAUUAGCAUCCUCCACCUUGCACUCUCCAUUAGUAAGCGUUAACUGACAUAUUGUGGUGGGAGUAGCCAACUGUGUGUCCUCAAGAUGUUUUUGUACUAUAACUCCUAUCAUUCCUAACCAUUUAUAGGGCUGUCUGGGGCUGAUAGGAGUUGGACCUAGAGGGUCCUUAACCCUGUUCUAUGCUUCCCUUGCUUUUCUUAUUAAUUUUGUUCAGACAGCAUAUUCAGACAGCAUUCUAAUGCGUUUGCCUGACAAAUCAGGAGAGUUACAAUGAGAAACCAAGAAGCUCAUAUAAUCACUUCCCUUUCUAAAACUUAGAAGUUUGUCUUAAGCUUGCACUUAAGACAAGCUCAGAUACAUACUGGACUAGGGCCAUACUGGAACAUUCUGCUGGUGUCUAAAGACUUCCACACCAUUUCCCAUUCAAUCGGGUGUGUGUCUGGAAUACAUGAUACACACCCAUCUCUAUAAUAGGGCUGCUUGACCUGCAUUUUUAUUUUGAUAGGCAAAAUUUGGCUUAUUCGUACUGCAGAUCUGAAGGGUUUCGUAACUGAUCGGCCUCUUGGAGAACCUCCAAGUAUGACUUAUUCCCCCAGGAGGUAUGACAGGUCUUGCAAUUCUCUUCUGCUAAAUAUAGGACCCCAAGAAACUAUGGGUUUCCUAGCUAGUCCUCAUCCUGACAUCUGGAUGCUAUUGCAAAGGCUAUUCCAAGUGUUGUGCUGGCUGAUGCAUGGGACAAGCGCUUGAACACAUGUGCCAUUUUGGCAAGUGCCAAAUCCGUUAAUAUUAAGACUCUUGAACCUUGAUGUUGAAGGCAGCAGUGUCCCCGUUGUGCCCUGCAUCGUGCCAGAGAUGUCAGCCUGUGCUGUUUCCAUCACAGCCACAUUAACAGUCUCAUCUGUGAAGCGUGCAUUUCCAAAGGAUAGCUUUGCCAGCACAGGCAAGGCUUCUGGAACUACCUGCUGAAAAGCUAGCAGCUUUGCUUUCCAAGAGUUGGAAACACACUCAUUUCUUGUACAACUUUUCAGGAACAGAAUCAAAAGUGCAGGAGGGAGAGAAGAUUCCUGGCUUCCAUAUGCCAGGCACACUAAUCAUUGUCUGUCCUAGAUUACCCUCUUAUUUACAGAAGGGUGGCCUCAUUCAGUUAUCAGGGAAGGAUCCUGUUCUUGUUGAGGGAGAGCUCAGGCCACCCUCCAACACCAUCUUAUUUGUAAAGCUCA